UACUCUUUCCCCGCAUUCACUCUCAAACAAUUCACAUUACUCCUCCACGACUCUCUUUCAAUCGCACCUGCGUAAUACACAACAGUCGUUUGCCAUACGUGUCACUUGUCACUGUCACGCCGCCUUCACGCCACCGCUAGAUCAAAACUCUCUCUUCGCCUCUUCAAAACUUCAACAAACAACAACACACCUUCAAACCCAAACCUCUAUCACCAUGUUCGCCCGUAUCGCCUCCCGUGUCCCCAUCACCGCUGCCUUUGCCGGCAAGCGCGUUGCGCCCGCUACCUUCCGCUACAACUCCUCUAGCUCAGCGAGCAGUGCUGCCCGCGUCAUGGAGAUGGCCGCUCAGGCCGAGCGACCCAGUGGUGCUGAAGUCGCUGUCCCCGUCAUGUGGGCCGUUUCCGGUGUCCUUGCCUACACCGCCUGGAACCGUAUGAGCGAACGUGCCUCUGGCGAGUACGUUGAGAAGCUCCUCAUCGUCUAAACACGUACAUCAUGACCUCCUUCUACGAUACCCCGACAUCUUUUCAUCCUUCGUCGAUUCGCCGUCGGGCGCGACGAUUGUCUGUCUUUACCGACCUUUGUUCGGAGCCUUGGAUAGACAUAGACUUUCCUGCGGCAUAGCGUCUAGCAUUUCGUUUUCGAUUUGCGCGGCAUAAUAGAUCUUAUUUGUUUUCGUUUUGUUGGUAUACUGGCAUGGGCUCAUGCUCAGAUGGGUUAUUGGGAGGCUGUGACUCACGGCAAGGAUUUACGCGUGGGUAUGGGACAGGGCUUUUCUUUAAUGUAUCAAUCAAUCACAAUCUUCACACCU